AUGAAAUAACAAAUCUUCUCUACUCAGCAUCAGCAACUCUUUGGGCUUUUCGCAACGGCUUCAUCUAGGAACAUUCACACAGAGCGAGCAGUGUCUAAAAGUAACUAUCGAGGUACUUGAGGAAUGUGAUUCGUUCAAAGUCAUAGAAUUAGAGAUAAACUAUAGACACCCAGCCUGUCACCUGCCUUCCUGUCACUCUGGUAUUGCUUGUUACAACGUCGUAUCACGGUAUUUACCCUGUGGCGGCUGAGGAACAAUCAUGUCGACGACGGCAAAGCGCUACCCUGGAGAUUGUGACGAAGCUUACCCCGAAGUUUUCACCGUUGGUCCACCCCAGCCAACUGAAGCAAAGCCAGGACAACUCACAAAAGCUCAAGUUGAUCAUUUCUUUGACAAGGGUUAUCUGAUAGUGGAGAAGUUCUUCUCCAAGGAGGAACUGGAUCCUUGCAGAGAAGCCAUAGGGAAACAAGUUGAAGAACUCGCUCAGAAGUUGUACAAAGGAGGAAAGAUUAAAAAUUUAUACGAGGACAAAGGGAUGUUUGAGCGCUUGUCGUUUAUUGAGAAAGCGUUUCCCGGAGCCAAUAUACUCUCACAUAAAGCAAGGAAAUUUCCUCCGGCCUUCCGUGCAGUUUGGAGCAAUGACCGACUCUUGAAUUUGGUUGAACAACUGAUUGGACCCAAAAUAGCCGGACAUCCAGUUUGGAACCUGCGGGCAAAAACACAAAAGAACAACGCCACUACUGUGCCGUGGCAUCAAGAUUCUGGUUACCUUGACAACGAGUCUUACAAAGUCCUGCAACCAGCGGCCUGGGUUCCGCUUCUAGAUGCCAAUGCUCAAAAUGGAUGCAUGGAGGUGGUAUCCGGCGGUCACCGACCAGGUCGCAUCUGUCGUCACACGUGCUGCUGGGCGGACACGUGGUAUGUGGAACUUGCAGAGGAGGAGAUGGUGAAGACUCUGGGUGUGGAUCUGGAAAAAGACAUCAAACUGUGCCCAAUUCCCUACGGCGGGAUGCUUUUGAUCAACAACAUGAUCCCCCAUAGAAGUCUGCCGAAUGUUUCCAACGAGAUUCGGUGGAGCUUGGACCUGCGUUGGCAGGAUCCCGCUAAACCUUACGGCUUCUACGGCCUGAAGGAGGGGAUUCUGAUGAGAGAUCCCUCCAAGCCUGACCACAAGAUUGACUGGUCGCCAUUUGAGUCUGUGGACAGACACAAAACCGAAGUGUUGAACGAAGAGAAAGAGGACGAUGCCUUCGAAACCACGAUCCAGGGCCCCCAUAUGGAGAAGUGGGAAAUGACGCACGAGAACCGACACACAGUUAAAUUCGUGAAGGGAAUACGUGCAAGCUAACCUUGCAACAGGACUUCAACAAUGACAGUAUUAACUGUGUCGUCAUGGCAAAUGGCGUAGCCAAUCCUGUGUGUGUCAUAU